UCUGGCUGAGAAUUGGCGGGUAACCGUCGGGUGUGACUGCUGUGACGUUCGGUCAUGUAAAUAAUUGUACAUACCGCGUAUUAUAUGCGAAAAUCGUUGGAUAAUGCAUCGAUAAUUGUGAUUCGAAAGCAUUUACGCGAACGAUUUCUGUGAUGAUGAAGCAGCAUUUUUGUUGAAUUUUUUUAAAUAUAAAAAGGAACGCGUGAGUAAGAAAAAUUGAAACAUGGAGCAUGAAGACAGUGACUGUGAUCUAGACAUCUUAAAUAAUCUCAUAUCAAAUAAUACCGAAGAGACUGAGCAAUCUAAACAUGUUGGAGAACUGCCUGAACAUUCCACGCUAUCAGAACCAAAAAAGACUCUGACAGAAUUGCAAUUCAAUUUCUUAGAUUCUACACCUAGUAACAUAAAUAAUGAGGCUAAACCAACUGAGAAUGAGAAAGUCACAAGUGAGAUUUAUGAUGACAAACUUGAUUCUUCUGACGACGAAGACAAGCGAUAUUUCGAGGAGCAGAAGUAUUCCAAUUACGGGCGGGAGAUAAAACAAUUGUUAAAAGAAUGCUCUUCGUUGAAGACUGAACAGCCUGCAAAAUUACAAGUAGAAAAAACUGUUAAUUUUAAUUUUAAUAAUAACAAGGGUAAGACAUUUGACUUUAAUAGCGCUAUAAAAGGUAAUGACAAUAGUAAAGCAAAGGACGUGUACAGCGAUCCCUUCUUCGGAAUAAGAAUAGUUAGUCCCCUUGUGUCCUCGGCUGAAUUGAGAGAUCGUAUGAAGGACAAGAUAGCUGUAACAGUAUCAAGAGUCAAGAGCCACAUUAUUUCUGACAAUAUACACAACGACUGGGUGAUUGCAGGUGUAUUAAUCAACAAAUCGGCCACGAAAACCUCGCAGAAGGGAACCUCCUACUGCAUCUGGAAGAUAAGCGAUCUGUCCGACGACCUAAGGACCGUCUCGGUUUUUUUAUUCAGUAACGCCUACAAGCAACUGUGGAAAACCAUCGUCGGCAGCGUGAUAGGUAUUCUCAAUCCGAACGUGCUCGAGAGCAAGGACAACAUCGAUCAGGCGACGCUGUCGAUCGACAAUCCUCAGAAGCUGAUGGUUCUCGGCAGGUCCAAGGACAUGGGCAAAUGCAAGUCGGUCAAGAAGAACGGGGAUCCGUGCACCGCGGUCGUGAACACAAGCCGAUGCGAGUACUGCGUCUAUCACGUUAAGCAGGAGUACAAGAAGUGCGCGCGACGGCCGGACAUACAGUCGAGCAACACCAGCUACGGAUUCACCGGCGACGCGAUAAAACGCAUGAAUAGCAGGCAGUCCGCUACGCGAAAGCCUUACGACGGAUUGGCGUCGUUCGUACCGGUGCUGGCCAAACGCAACGAGGAGCUGUACGAGAAGGACCGCGCGCGUUUGGAAUUGUUGUCCGAGAGCACUUCGAAUAACAGUAUUAAGAAAGUAAAAAGCGAUCCAAAUCAGGACGUGGACACUAAGACGAAAGGGAUAUCUGUCGAGCUGACGAAUAAGCAGUCGAGAAAAGAUUUUGAACGACUGAACAGACUAAGGAAUUGGCAGCCCUCAAAGCAAUUAAUGGUACAAUCGACGCCUAACGGGCCAGUUUUGUGCUCCGGUCCAGCGCGAUUGAAAGAAAGCAAUCCUGUGCCAGUCAAAUCUCCAAGCAGUCACACGGGCAAGAUCAGUUUGGCUUCUCUAGCUUCGUCACGCCCGCGACUCGGAGCGGGAUGUAAUCGGGAUACAAUAGAUUUCUCCGAACCGAUCACCAAACAGCAGAUCCGUAACGCCAAGAUGAACGCGAUCAAGUGGGUGCAAGAGCACGGACAGAUCAAAGCGAAGAAUCCGAAUGAGAUCCGCGCGAAAGAAAAACUGGAGAACAACGCGAAGCGUAAGAGGGGAGCUGACGAGACGGAAGAGCGGAGCGCGAAAAAAGCGAGCAUAAGCGACAAAUUCAAAGAGAUGCUAGAAGCCAAGUCCUCGCACACAGAUCUGAUCGAGAAGUUGUACGACGAGGAGAAGGAGAAGUACUUCAACAAGCUGGAGGCGAAGGAGAGAAUGGAGGAGAAGAUGAUGAGCACUUUCAAGAUCAAUUGCAAAGCUGUGACGUGUGCGGUAUGCAAGUACACGGCGUUCUCGGCGUCGGACAUGUGCAAGGAGCAGAGACACCCGUUGCGCGUGACCGACGCCGUCAAGAGAUUCUUCAAGUGCACCGACUGUGGCAAUCGGACUGUCAGCCUGAACCGUAUGCCGUCGCACAGCUGCGGCAAGUGCAGCGGCUCGAAUUGGGUCAGGGCGGCGAUGAUGGACGAGAGGAAGACCGCGAUCGCCGCAGAGACCCUGUCCAUCCGCGGCGCCGAGGAAAAGUUCCUGGGUUCUGCGGUGAAAGAUGCCAAUCUCAACCUUCUAGUUCCCGAUGGGGAUUAACAUGUCAAUCUGAUUGCUCGCAAUAUUAUUUUUGAAAUGAGUAUUUAUAGAAGAGAAAUGAAAUGAUGAUUGAGAAGAGAUUAGAAACGCAAACUGGUGCCACGUAACACGUGUUUUAUGCAGCGUGAAGGUAAAGUAUUUGUAUAUAAAUUAAACGCAGAUGCUGAAAUGUGCUGCGAUACCGUUGCCUGUACGUCAAUUUAAUUAGUAUUUUUUAAUAUUUGCUGUACGAUGAAGAUAGAAAUUCAAGCUACAACUUGCCGUCUGAAUUAAUGUUCGAAACUCCUAAUUAUCAUCGGUUAAAAUAAAAGAGACGUGAAUUUUGCGAAUAACCGCGACUGAUAUCUUACUCCUAUAUUUUGUAUCUUAGAAUCUACAAAUGCAAAACAUUUGAUAUCCUUUUGUUUAUUGUCAGUAUUAUCAGUUUUCUUCUUUUUUUUUUCAUUUUAUGAAAUGUACAAAUAUAAAGAAAUCCUAAAGAGUGUAUCUCUUGCACAUUUCCGAAAUGAAAUACAUCGAAUUCUCUCCGUCCGAAAUGUACACAGCGAGCAGAAACGUUUUGAUAUACAGCCAGGUACAACAAUCGUAUAAAAACCAUUAUGUCGUCUCGACUACGUUCUUCACUAAAUUACGUUCGUUUGAAAUUUACGUUUAGGCUGAGGUCAUCACUGUCUUCCUGUUCGAUAGAACCUUUUUAUAUACUUUUCUCGUGAACGAGAAAAGUGCUUCUUCCCUCUUUAUAAACAGGAUACGAACAGUCUAAAUGAAGGUGGACAUCAGUAAGUUUCUAAAUAUGAAGAACUGUGAUUGGGGUCCGGAAGCAUCGCGUUGACAUAAACCACCAUGAGGUCAACGUUAAAAUACCUAUUGUUUAUAUAAUGUGCAAAAUGCAACAGUUGAGAGUAAUUGAUCUCUGAUACAAUUUUCCGCGAGGUGUUAUGCCAGUGUAACAGUUCCGGACUCUAAUAACCAUCUGUUUGUAUGAGAAACAUAGAUUGUAUUUUUUCACUCAUGUACUGUUUAAUAACCUAUGGUUGUCCAGUUCUAUUCGGCAUUUUAUAUUACGAUGACACACGUUUACUCUCUUCCUUUUUAUAUAAAACUUCGAAUAAAAUAUGCGUGAGAAAAGGAAGAUUAGAAAUAAUGCUUGACAAACUUCCAAGUGUUACAUGUGAGAUACUAAUUAAUGUUAUUCCAACAAAUCUUAUCUUUUGGAAUGCACUACGAUAAUACCGAUUUAUCGUAGCUCUCACAUACUACGUACAUAUGCAAUUGUUAAUUUUUGGACCGAAAAAUUAUUAAAUCAAUAAAGUGCAAAAUAUAUAUUUAUAUGUACAUGUAAUGAGAGAGAAUUGAUAGCGUUAUAUUUAAUCAUUAAAUUGUAUGCUGUAAAAA